CAGUAGUGCAUUCAAUUUUGUAACUAUUACAACCAAGAUAAACUAAGUCAGCUUUAUAACAAUGGAUUUCUACUAUUUACCCGGUUCUGCUCCCUGCCGUUCAAUAAUAAUGCUUGCCAAAACUCUUGGCAUUAAGCUCAAUAAGAAAUUGCUUAACCUGCAAGCUGGCGAACACUUGAAACCUGAGUUCUUGAAAAUCAACCCCCAACACACCAUUCCCACUUUGGUUGAUGGUGAUUUCGUCUUGUGGGAAUCUCGUGCCAUUUUAGUUUACUUGGUUGAAAAGUAUGCUAAGAGCGAUUCUUUGUUCCCCAAGUGCCCCAAGAAGCAGGCCGUCAUCAAUCAGCUUUUGUAUUUCGAUAUGGGUACUCUCUACAAGGCCUUUGGCGACUAUUACUACCCACAAAUCUUCGCCAAGGCACCUGCCGAUCCUGAGAUGUACAAGAAGAUGGAAACGGCUUUUGAUUUAUUCAACACUUUCUUAAAAGGUCAUCAAUAUGCUGCUGGUGAUUCUUUGAGUGUGGCCGAUUUUCCCCUACUGGCCACUGUCAGCACUUUCGAAGUUUCGGGUUUUGACUUCAGCAAAUAUGCCAAUGUUGCUAAAUGGUAUGCUAAUGCUAAAACUGUAGUUGCCGGUUUCGAUGAAAAUUGGGCAGGUUGUUUGGAAUUCAAGAAGUAUUUUAACUAAUUUAUAAGUUAAUAUUUUUUAUAAGUUUUUUCAAUAAAUUAAUAAAUAAACAAAUCGAAAU